CGGCAUUUAUAACAGUUUUUGGAUAAGCUUUCGGUAAUGUCAAUUAAAUUUUAAAUUUAUUCCUUUUGUUAAUAAGCGUAAGCUAAUCUCUACAAUGCUAAGGAAUGCGGUCACGGGUGUUACCGUUCGGUCAAUAACGCGAUGUCAGCCGAAACAUAUACCCAAGAUCCAUUUCCAUUGCACUAACAGGUUGCGAGAAAAAUAUAAUCCCCGUCGCCCGCUGGACUGCCCAGUAUCAAAUACUGAAGAUUGCAAAACCUUUCUCUCAAAGCCAUGUCGCCCAACGGAUCCUCCAGUGCGGCCAUGCAGCGAGCAGGAUUGUCCAGAAAAACGAAAUGAGUCCUGUUGCGCGAGUAAGCGAAUUUCGAAUAACAUUUGUGAAAAGCCUGUCAAGGCAUCAGAGUUUAAAAGGAAGCCGGACAAGUUUAUAUCGAUGUGGGAAAAGAAAGUAAGUAAGGAGCGGGCAGGGAAUCUCGUAUGGGAUUAUCCACCCGAGUGUUGCCCCAUGUGCCCGGAUAUUCCCUUUGACGUGAUGUACUAUCGACCAUCGAACAAGUGUCGUCAGUUUCAGCGUACGUGGUGGGAAUGCUGUCCUCGAAUGGUGCCCAAGCGCGUCUGCUGCUGGUGCGAUUCCAUUCCGCCCGAGAUAUCACGGCGUUGCUUGCCUCUCUGUCCGCGUACCAGUUGCAUGCAGGGCCGUGACAAAAAACGUAUGGACUGCGUCAACCAGAAGGCCAAGGGCUGCCCUCGGCAAACCAUGCCGUGCUGUCGCGCGUCCCGCAUACCGCCUAACUGCCAAUUAACUCGUGAACCGACCGACUGUGUGAAGACCAAAUGCCCCUUCCCUAGUUACUCCGAAUGCGAUCGCAUGGACCCUGCUGUAGUAGCCGAACGUCCUCGGGAGUGCGGUUGCUCAAGCUUGAUAUCAAUAUGUGAAGCCUACCGCUUUCAGAACAGAAAGGAAAGGAUUUCCCAAAAAUACUGCUUUUGCCCCACUUGCGAAUAAAUUAAGUCCACUUAAACUAUACUGUAUUAUUUCCUCUCCGAUGCUAAAUAUGCAGUAUAGUUUAGAAGGAUUUUCUAUAUAUUUAAGGCCUGGGGCAAAAUGCUCAAGUGUGCAAUUCAGAAAAGAUAUUAACAAUAUAAAUGUUCUAAUACAAACAUUAUCUUUAUUUUAUUAUGCAGUUAUUCUCUUAAGUGUGUUAUAAAUUUCAAGCGAUAUCUAUAUUGAAUUUUUCUAGAAUUCUAUAACCUCCCUCGGUUCGGUCAUUAGCGAAAGAAUCUUCCAUUCUUCCGCUUGCGAACAACUUGUUUUAGAAUUUCACCCGAAGCCUUGUUGACUUCCUGAAGUGCUUGCGUUUGUCGAUGAUGGUUUGUUUUCCAGUUUUGGUUACAUUUUUACUCACGCGUCGCAAUAGCUCCUUUAGUUUCUGUAUACUGGAUUAAGACAAGAUUCCGUUUUAAGUUUUUCCCCUUAAUCCAAGCAGCCCCUGACAGUUACAUUAUUUAAUAGAAUAAUUUUCUUGUACUAGUCUACUGUAGCUCUUGAACUUUACAAAUUAUCGUAAGCUCUUAACUUAUCUUUGGAAAUUCUAAAUUUUCGGCACCAAAAUUUAUAUACAAAUAUUAUCAGCGCUUGUCUAUGAACUACAGCCGCUGUGAUGUCCCGUCUGUUUGGGAUAACUUAUUAUGUACGCUCAUUAUGUCGUUGCACCCUAGCCCCGCCCUCAUGGAUGCCUGUCAGACGGUGUAGUACCUCAGAGCAAAGUCCGCCGUUGGAUGGGGAAGUUCUGAGCGCUGAGGGCUUAUCUCAUCUCAAUGAACAUCAGAAUGCGAACAGGAUCGAAUUCCCACAUAAUGAAAAUGCUGUACCGAAGGAAACGUAUAGUAACAACAGCAAUGAAACAUACCAGGACCUAAGUAACGAAGAUCUGAACGCUGGAAGUAAUCUAAGCAAACAGAAUAGUAGCAUGAAUGCUUACAGUGACCAGCUCGGACAAACUAAUGAAUCUGAGUAUGAUCAGGAUGGACAGCUUCACAGCUCGGUGCUAUCAGAUUUUCCAGAUGAAUUAACCGAGACUUGGAGUGAACAGAAAAUGGAUCCGGAGCUGGAAAGAAAUGUGAAGUCUAUAAUACAGCUGUGCGGAACGCGAGAUGCCGAAAUAACAGACGAUAAUUGCAUCGGGGUCGAAGAAUUCCAUGUGCCAUUCAUAAAUAAAAUGAAUUUUGAUUCCGGCGAGAUGUUGGACGAAUACAUAAGCCAACAAGUCGAAUCUGAUGGUUCAGUUCGUAAUCCCUUGCAAGACAGUGCAGAUAAUGCAUAUUCAAUAGAUGCCUCUCAGAAGAACUUGCAGUCAAACAUUAACCAGAGCCCUAUCUCUACAGAUAAUUACGAGGCAGAUGGCGAAAUUCUUGGCUUAAGCCCAGGCAAGAAUCGGAAUGUGGACCUGCUUGAUAUCCAUGGCUAUAAGAGUGCCCAAGUCUACAAUAGCAUGAAAUACUCUGGCUGUAGGUCGCGGCACUGGAUGGGCCAAUCUGAAUACUGUGAGGCUCCAUGCCGAAUUGAUGGAUUACAUGACGGCAAGCUGAAAAUUCUGCAUCAAAAAGAAAAUCUUAGGCGCUUGUCUAAUAAAACUCCACAUGAUUCCCGUAGCCAAAACGACGGUUUCUAUCAAUCAAAGAACCCGGAGCCUUAUCAGCAGAAGGGCAGAGACGACAGUACCAUACCCUCUUAUAAGCCCUUUCGAACUAUUGAGGUGCCGAUAACAGUUCCAGACGCAAAGGAAGCGGCAAAAGCAACUAAAAAAUCUGAACAUCCAGAGAACGUUAAGUACGAAGGAGUUAAUCAAGAUGCUGACCUCGAUAAGAUUAAAAAAGCUGGCAAAACUGAAAUUGAGACAAAUAUGGAAGAUCCCGAUUCAAGGCAACUGAUGCGUUAUGCCCUUCUGCGAGCACUUCACAGACUGGAUUCUGGGACCGGUUAUUUUUCGGCUAAAAUUACUAUCACAGAGCCCUAGAAAGUUUUCAAGUCGUGUAAUUGGAUAUAAUUUUGCAUUACGUACAAAUAAAAUAAAAUUCUAGCUGA